AUGACCAGUUUUCUUGAAGACGAUCUCCUGCCCAACGGGUGCGAGGAGAGAGUUUUUUGCGGCAAAGCAGGAGGCUGCACGGAAGGACAACGAGGAUUCGAUGUGCUUCAAGCGCGUUGGGGAAUAGUGAAAGGCCCGGCUCGUUCCUGGUACAGGCAUCAUAUCGCUAAUGUCAUGUAUGCGUGCAUCAUCUUGCACAACAUGAUUAUUCACGAUGAAGGUCGUGCAGCUAGCCAGUGGUCCGACGAUGAAGCCGCUCCGAGCGCAGGUCAUGCAGCCCCGCUGGUCGUUCGAGGUUUACCCUAUGGACUGAGCGAGAGAUUACAAGCUCAGGAGAGCAUGCGCAACCAACAAGCUCAUCUUGAUCUUAUGAACGACAUGAUUGAAGAAGUUUGGACACGUAGUGGUCGUUGA